UACCCACUACCAGCGCUGAUUGGACAGAAGUGGUGCCGGUCAUGUGAGCAGGCCACGCCUCAGCCUUGGCGGGGUAGGUUGCGCUGUACGAGCCAUAUCCCCCCGUUUAGUUUUGGGGGAAAAAAAAAGAAGCGGAGAAUAGGAUCGUGUCCGCCAUCUUGUUACCGGGCACCCGGAGGGCGGAGCGGAAAGGUCGGGAGGAUAAAGGAGGCGGGAUGGCCGCUGCUGCACAUCAAGAGAUGGCGUCCGAUGUCUCACCUCUGGGAGUGGCCUCAGGAAAUCCAGGUUCUAGCGCACAGGCUGGAGGGUCCAUGGUGCAGAGGGCAAAUAAGCGGCACGCUGGGUUGGAUUUUGAUGAUGACGACGAUUCCAGCAAUAAAUUCCUCAGGUGUGAUGAUGACCAGCUUCCGAAUGACAAGGAGAGGUUUGCAAGGGAGAACCACAGCGAGAUUGAGCGAAGGAGGAGAAACAAAAUGACAGCGUACAUCACAGAACUGUCCGACAUGGUGCCCACCUGCAGUGCCCUGGCACGCAAGCCAGACAAGCUCACCAUCUUACGCAUGGCAGUGUCUCAUAUGAAGUCUCUGAGGGGUACUGGAAACACAUCCACAGAUGGCACCUAUAAACCAUCCUUCUUGACUGAUCAGGAGUUGAAGCAUCUCAUCUUGGAAGCUGCGGAUGGUUUCUUGUUUGUGGUAUCCUGUGAGACGGGUCGGAUUGUCUAUGUGUCCGAUUCAGUGACUCCAGUUCUCAAUCAGCCCCAGUCUGAGUGGUUUGGGAGCUCCAUGUAUGACCAGGUCCAUCCAGAUGAUGUGGACAAGCUGCGGGAGCAGUUAUCUACAGCAGAGAAUGCCAUGACAGGCCGCAUUUUGGAUUUGAAGACUGGCACAGUAAAGAAAGAGGGUCAGCAGUCUUCUAUGAGGAUGUGUAUGGGAUCUCGUAGGUCGUUUAUCUGUAGGAUGAGGUGUGGAAACACUGCGGUUGACCCCACCUCCAUGAACAGGCUGACUUUUUUGAGGAACAGAUGCAGAAACGGCCUGGGCCCACCCAAGGACGGGGAGCCGCAGUUUGUGGUUGUACACUGCACAGGGUAUAUCAAAGCUUGGCCACCUGCAGGUGUUUCCUUACCAGAUGAUGACCAGGAAACUGGACAGAGCAACAAGUUCUGCCUGGUUGCUAUUGGCAGAUUGCAGGUAACAAGCGCUCCUAACUGUACAGAUAUGAAUAGCGUAUGCCAGCCAAUAGAGUUCAUCUCCCGGCACAACGUCAGUGGCAUGUUCACGUUUGUUGACCAUCGGUGUGCUUCCACUGUGGGCUACCAACCACAGGAACUCCUAGGGAAGGACAUAGUGGAGUUUGCCCACCCAGAAGACCAGCAACUUCUCAGAGACAGUUUACAGCAGGUGGUGAAAUUAAAAGGCCAGGUGCUGUCUGUUAUGUUUCGGUUUCGGUCCAAAAACCGUGAUUGGUUGCUGAUGAGAACCAGCUCCUUUACCUUUCAGAACCCGUACUCUGAUGAAAUAGAAUAUAUCAUCUGCACAAAUACCAACGUCAAGAAUACCAGUCAGGAAGCACGAUCUUCUCUCUCCAGCACUAUGCCAAGGCCUCCACUAAGUCAGACUAUCUCUCACCCUCUGGAAAUGGGCCCAGGGCAGCUUGCCACCAGACAACAGCCUCCGCCACAAGCAGACCUGGAUGUUGUAAGCAGCAGGGAUAAUCUGGGCACAUACAACCAUACACAGGUUCCAGUUCAGCCAGUGGUGUCAGCAGUUUCUGACCAUAACAAAGCCCUUGAAAAAUCUGAUUCCCUCUAUGGCCAGGAGAGAGAUCCCAGGUUUGCUGAAAUCUACGGUGGCAUCAACACAGACCAGAAUAAAGCACUCAACCCCAGCGGAGUCCCUGUCAACCAGCAGCUCUUCCCACAAGCCAGCACUUUCCCCCCAGCCCCUCGUCCCGUGGAUAACUUCAGGAAUAGUUCAAUGGUGCCACCAGCCAACAUAAUCCAGCAGCCUGUAUCUGCUGGCCAGAUCCUGGCUCAGAUAUCUCGGCACACAAGCCCAACACAAGUCACCGGGACCAACUGGAGCUCCGCCGCAAGGCCGACCUUCACAGCACAGACAAGAAAGACCCAGUCUCCUCCAUUUGGUAUGGGAAACUUCCAGACGGCAACAGCCAACUUCAGUCCAUUGUCCUCCCAGAGUUCCACAUCCUCUCCAGCUGGAUCUGCCUAUCCUAACCUGGCCAGCAGGGCCAACAGCUUUGCUACAGAGGUGGGACAGCCGCGGGUGCCAUUCCAGACGCGGGCAGCCGAUGCAGUAGGAGUUUGGCCACAGUGGCAGAAUCAGCACCAUGGACCGAACACCGCAGACACACAUGUCCAACCACAAGCUAGCCAAUCGGAAGUUUUCCCCGACAUGCUGUCCAUGCUGGGAGACCAGACCUCAAGCUACAACAGCGAAGAGUUUUCCGAGCUCAACAUGUUCCAGUCUUUUGCAGAGUAGAAAACUGUGUUUCUAGCACACAAAAUGAAACCCAGGUGCCUGUAAACUGAGCUUCCGCCUCUCUUUCAUGAAGUCCGCUCGAUUCUCAACCUUGAGUAAAGGAACUGUGACCGUACCAUUUGUGGUAAGAAGAGUGGAAAUAAACGAGAAGGAGCUCAGAUCCAGAGCUUGGGAGGAAGACGCACAAGACAUCACAAAACUGCCUUCCUUGUGAACCUCAGGAGAUGUCACUACGAAGCUCUCCGGCCCUCACCAGCUUUAAUUAUCACGUGUCGUGCCACCAAAUUUAUGUUCUACAAAACCUUCUUCCUCCCAGGAACACCUCAAUACUUGUCAGCCAGAACACAUUUCAUUUUUUCUAAUAAGAAGACCCUAAAAUCUGACGUUUUUAGGCUCAAUCAGGGAUACGAUUUGCAUAGGAUAAUCACAAUUGUAGUAGGUGCCUUUUUAAAAAAAUGUCAGGACAGGAAACGAUCGUUCGCUAGAGAAAACAUCUAUUAUAUCUUUACUACUACCUGAGGCAUUCUCUUUACCCCCGCGGUAGGCUAAAAUGACUAUACGCAGGUGAGACAUUAAAUGUCCACCAUAUUCUGCUUUAUUAGUUUAUUAAUUUAACGCUUUGGCUUACAAGUGGAUUUAUCGUUGUCUUGCACCUCAGCUAGAAGCAAAAAGGUCUGGGGGAAAAAAA